AUGGAGCGUCAAAACAAGGGAACACGAGAGAAUGGAGAGCAAAGGCAAGAUCCCAACGCUCAGCGUAGCCAGCAGCUCGAGCUCGAAGCCGCCAUCGCACAAACUCAGUCCCAGGACGGACGCAUCGAGGACACGGAAUAUUAUACAAACUUCCUUCAGCAGCUUCUGGGGUUGGUUCGUCAUGGCGACCAGGAAACCGUUUCUCGCAUGAUAUCUGUCAUCCGUUCUGGGGCCUCCCAGGAAGAAAUCCUCAAAACAUUAUCCGAAAUUUCGAACAACAGCCGUCAAGAUCAAGAGGGGAACAGGGGUAGCAGAUGA